AUGAUGAAGGUGGCUCUAGCGAUAAUAUUGAUCGUAGUGAUAUGUCGACAAGUAGAAGCUCAAACCGCUCAAAGAUACUGUGGUAGGCGGUUCUCUAAUAUGCUAGCGGCCUUAUGUCGGGACACUGAGAUGGUAAAACGUGAUGAUGGCUGGUGGAUGUCGCAGAAAAGUGCUCGUGCGUUCAGUAACGUACGAGGCAAGCGUGGGCCAGUCGAAGAAUGCUGCGAUAAGCCUUGUAGCCUCGAAGAACUUCUUACGUACUGUUAA